AUGACGUCCCGCGUUCGCGGCUGUUCCUCGAUGAGGGAAGGAUCGAAAGUGACUUCGUCGCGCGUCAAGGAUCGUUUCCAGGACGGAGAUCGGGAGGAUCGCCCGUUGAACAGCGGUUGCAAGAGCGGCCAAGGGAAUCGUUACCAUUUUGGGAUGGCGAGGAACGAGGAGAGGGACGAGGCGAGCAAGAACGGGCGAGACUACGGGGAACACGGGAACGUAAACGCGGACGUGUUGUACAAAAAGAGCAAGGAACACUUCGGCGCGUGGGAUAUCAAGGACAUUGUGCAGGACGAGAGUUCGAGAUCGAGGAGGCAGACGGAUCGANGGCGUUCCAAGGAGACGGUGGAAGACGACGUUUCACGGAGGAGAGAGAAUAAUCUAAGGAGGCGAAGUUACGCGUACGACGGUAACCCGGACGAUUUCGAGGUGAGGAUACAGAGGUACGAGAGAGGUGUGGUCCCGGAGGCUGGUAGAAGAGACGCGGAUUCGUUCAAGCGGGUCUCGUCGAAGGAAUCGGGCGUCGAUCCGGGGAGGAGGGACUCCUUCAAGGAUCCUUUGGACCGACAGGUGACGAGGAAGACUUCGUUCAACAAGUGUUGCGACGCGAGAAGGAACUCGCACCGCUCUCGGGACAGAGAGUCCAGCAAGGAUCGCGAGAACGAUCCGUGGUCAGGAAAGAGUUCGUUAAAAAGCCAGGACGCGGAGAAGAAAUACUCGGGAAGGGAGAAUCCGGAGCAAGGUUACGAAGGAGCGGGGAGGAAGAAUUCCUUCAAGGAAUCGGAUUACGGGAGAAUUUUGUCGAAGAAUCGAGACAACGACGAGGAGGAGAGGAAGCGCUCGUUCAAAGGGCACAACUCCGAUACCGGAGUUAGUCGAAUCACUUUCGAACAACAGGACGCCGAUUCGAGCAGGGCACACUCGUGCAAGGAUCGAGAGGCGGACGUCGGCUCGAGGGUGAGCUUCGACCGCUCGGGGCGUAAGAAUUCCUCGAAGGAGAAGAGCGUAGAAUUUGGCGGGAUUUCGUACAGGGACGACGACGACGACGACGAAGCGGGCAAAGCUCGGUCUUUUCGAAAUCUCGACGAGGCGAGAAGGAGGCACUCCCCCAAUGGCCGCUACGUCGAGUUCGGCGGUGUCUCUUUUCAGAGCGAGGCGGACGACUCCGAGGCGAGCCCUUCGAACGAUCGGGGCUACGAUUCGGAGAGGAAAGGCUGGUCGAGGGAGCGCGGGGAUCCCAAGAGGCGAGGUUGCUCCUCGAGGAGCAGGAAUCGGGAAGAGGGCGAUAGCGAUAAAAGAUCGGACAGGCACUCGAGACCGUUGACACCGCCGAAACGGGAGGGCGGGGAGGAGAAGUUCGAUUCGAAGGCAUGGCACGAGAGCAACCGGAUUUUCGCCGCCAACUACAUCCGAGAGAACAGCAGAUACCGGGCGAAUCCGGAGGGGCGUUCGGAGAUCGAUCGAGAUCCGUCCCCCGAAUUCGAGAUCCAAGGAGGAUCCCGAGAUAGGGUUCAUCGUUCGUGGCUCGAGGAGGGGUCGAACCUCGAGUUCGAGGGCUCGAAGCCUCGGAGCGGGCGCGCGAAAUCCGAGGAGAAUCGGGCGCACGCGUUGGGGAAGAACGGGGAGCAUCCGUCUCCGAGAGACGGCGAUGCGAGCAGAUACGCGUCGUCGACCCACGAAGGGAGGAACGGGGCGACGAUCAUCAGGAUUAGAUCGAGCCCGGAAACGGGUGUCGAGAGGAGACGUCGUCGUCGGCCUGCGCAGGACGCGUACGCGGGAAGGCGGAGGCGUUACGAGGCGGAGGAGGACGAAGAGGACAGCGAGGAGGACGAGGAGGGCGACGAUCGGCGAGGAGGAGACGGGUUUAUACCUGGAAGAGGCGUUUCCACACCUUCGAGAAGAGUCUGGAAUUACCGCGAAGGGGUAUGGCAUUUUCAUGAGUCAAUUGCAUUCGAUCGAUCCUUUAUGGUUCAGAAGCGGGAAGCGAUAUUCAUAAAUCGAUGGAGAAGAUGA